GGGAGGAUAGUAUUUGGUCAUUGCGCGAUAAACUCGAAAAAAGGGGAAGGAGUAUAGAUAUGGGAAGGAGUAUAGAUAUGGGAAGGGAUGAAUCGAGGAAGUUGAAUGAAUCAUCAUCAUCAUCGAAAUAGAAGGGAGUGUCACUUGAGCUGCAGUAAAUUGGUUUGGGGAAGGCAUGGAAAUGAUCGGCGAGGAGUACGAACACUACUGGGAAACUCACACUUUCUUACAAUCGGAGGAGUUAGACAGGUAUUUGGAGGAUGGCAGCUGCAUCCCGUCAGCAGCGGCGGCGGCAGGAGCGUAUUACGAUUCAAGCUCGCCGGAGGGAUCGGCUGCAUCGAAGAACAUAGUUUCGGAGAGGAACCGAAGAAAAAAGCUGAAUGAGAGGCUGUUUGCGCUGAGGGCCGUCGUUCCCAAGAUCAGCAAGAUGGACAAAGCAUCGAUCAUCAAAGACGCAAUCCAGUACAUCCAGGAGUUGCGGGAGCAAGAGAGAGCAAUUCAAGCUGAGAUAUGGGAGCUGGAGUCCUCCUCUGCCACCGGACUGAUGAGCUGCUCCAAUUCCAAGAGGAGCAGGCGGCCGCCGGGAGCUGAUGACGGGGCCGCCGCCGCCUGUGACUCCUCAUCCCCGCUUCAUCUUCUGGAGCUGAGGGUCUCAUCAAUGGGGGAAAAAAUAUUGGCGGUGAGCCUGACUUGCACCAAAACAAGGGACACUAUGAUCAAACUCUGUGAGAUUUUUGAGUCUUUAGACAUCAAAAUCAUCAGUGCAAACAUCACUGCCUUUUCCGCCACCAUUCUCAACACUCUUUUCAUAGAGGCCGAAGAGGAAGACAAUGACGUAUUGAAAAUAAAGAUUGAAAGUGCCAUUGCAACAUUGAACGAUCCAGAAAGUCCAAGGGGAAUCUAAAAUAAUUUAUGAAUUUUUUAUGGGAACAAUCACAGAUCAUCACAAGAAUUUUACUAGACAUAGGUUAUGGACAAAAAAGAGUUGUUCUUUUAAGUUUCAUAAAAUGAGACUAAGGGGUGUUUGGAUCUGAUUCUUAAAACUGCUUCUACUCCGUCAGGGAGCAGAAGCAGAAGCUGAAGUGUUUGGAUGAAAGUGCAGAAGUGAUUCUGGUACAUAAAUUUACUCCUAGAAUCAGUUUUUUUAGAAGCUGGGGGUGACCAGCUUCUGAAAACUGAUUCUGAUUCUACUUCUGCUUUAAAAAAGAAGCAGAAACAGAAUCACUUCCAAACACCCAAGCACUAAGUUUGGAAACUUCUAAAUCAAUUUUACUUAAAUUAUCCUCAGAAUUCCCAUAUCAAACGGUCAAACUACUUAGAAUAAAGAAUUUUACUUCAGAUGCUCGAAAUCCUCUGCAGUACCGAAAUGAAGGAUUUCGAUAGAGCAAUAAUACGUAACUUCGAGCAACU